GUACUAUAGAGGCAAAAGACACAGAUAAUUCUAAAAUGGCACCAGUCGAAACAGAGUACUAUGACUUGUUGGAUGUUCCCGUGGAUGUUAACGAUACGGACCUCAAGAAGGCAUACAGGAAGCAAGCAAUGAAAUAUCACCCAGACAAAAAUUCUUCUGUAGGCGCGGAAGAGAAAUUCAAGGAAAUAAGUAAAGCGUAUCAGGUGCUAUCAGAUGCUAAUUUGAGAGCGGUCUAUGACAAGAAUGGGAAGAAUAUGGUGCGUCAACCUUUUAAUGUGGACAAGGAGAGUACAGAACUAGACGACGCAGCGGGUUUCUUCGCAAACGUGUUUGGUGGAGAGCGAUUCAGAGAUUAUAUCGGCGAGAUAUCUUUAAUGAAGGAGAUGACGUCCGUGGCGCAGACAGUAAUGACCGACGAGGAACGUGCCGAGCUCGAGAAAGAGGGCAUCGUCCCGCCACCAGCAGCAGUGUCGCAUGAACCACACGUUUCUGCGCCUGGUCCAUCGACACAUGGACCAUUAACACCCAGUUCCGCUGAUGCUUCGAAGCGCCAGUCUAUUUUGGGGUCCCCGACCUCUUCUACAGGCGGCAAAGAAAGCAAAGAGAAGGAUAAGAAGCGCAAUAAACUCACGCCAGAGCAGAAAAAGAAGCUUCAGGAUCUUGAUGAUGAACGCAAACGCUCGAUGGAUGAACGAGUAAAGAUGCUCACUGCGAAGCUGAUCGAGCGACUACGACCCUUUGUGGAUGCGAAAGCACCUGGCGACAGAGAAGAUCCCGAGACAAAGGCAUUCGAAGCACGGAUGAGACUUGAAGCAGACGAUUUAAAACUGGAGAGCUUUGGGGUUGAGCUGCUGCAUGCAAUUGGGACUGUAUAUAUGAUGAAGGCUACUUCGUUUAUGAAGUCGAAGAAAUUCCUAGGGAUUGCAGGUUUCUGGUCGCGAAUGAAGGAGAAGGGUUCAGUGGCAAAAGACGCAUGGGGUGUCAUCGGCAGCGCAUUUAGCGUGCAGUCUCUCAUGUCCGAAAUGGACCGCUUACAAAAGAAGGGGGAGCUUGACGAGGACGUGAUGCGCGCACUAGAAGAGGAUGUUACAGGCAAGAUCAUGCUAGCAUCUUGGCGAGGCACGCGUUUCGAGGUCGUUCAGGUUCUCCGGGAGGUUGUGGAUAAUGUGCUUAAGGAUAAAGAGGCGUCCGAUCAGGUUUUGUUCCACCGGGCGAAGGGAUUGAUGAUCAUGGGACAUAUAUUUAAAAGCACGGUUCCCGAUGAGAGUGACGAGGUCCGACGCGAACUUGAGCGAAUGGUGGCAGAAGCAGCAGAGGGCAAAUCAAAGCAUCACCACUUACGCGGAAAGACCCGAAGAGAAGGUAACACAACGCCUGAGAUGUCACUGAAUGAAGGCGAGCAUCCGAUGAAAGAACAGGCUGAGGGAGACUCGGGAACACGUAAAUACCAGUAG